GUACGUGGGAAGACUUGCGUGGCAAUAGCCAAUCCUGUUUCUUGCUGUUGAUCACCCGGUAGAAACAAAACUAAUAUUACCGAAAAAUCCUAGCCAACGACGAGACAUCGAAACAACUGCACUUUCAUUUGCAUAUCGAAACACAACAUCGAAUGUUUAUGCAAAGGAGCUAACGUUAGGGUUGCAAUGUCUUCUCGCGUCUAACGUUACAAUAUUUGUGUUGCCAUAACACAGACUGACCAACGUUAGUCUGUAACGUUAACUUCGGUUUCGGUUAACGUUUGCUAGCUGUUCAGGUUGGCGCGUCUCUCUCUUUCUUACAGAUAAAGAUGCUGUCUUCAGGAGAUGUCCAUGGUUGUCUUCGCAAACUGGAAACACUCCUGCGGUUGAUAAAGUACCCAGGAUAUGUCGACUACAAUGGCCUUUCCAAAGGAGAUCCCUCCGCUUUUCUACCAAUUGUGAGCUUUACCUUCACCUCAUUCUCUCCACCUUUUGCGAAGCAACUAUUGGAGGCUGGACUGGAGCUGACUGGCAAAACUGACCUCCGAUUCACUGACACUCUUUAUAAGGUGCUGCGAGAUAUCUUCCACUAUAAACCUAUACUGACCAAGCAGCAGUUCCUCCAGUGGGGUUUUUCUCUAAGGAAAAUCUCUGUUAUCUGUGACAUCAUUAACUUAGUCCUGCAGAAACACAACCAACUGAAGAAGCCGAAAGUCCGAUGUCCUGCCUCACACAAGGAUGACAGAGGGGAAGCUCAUCCAACAGUGGCUGAUGCAGACACUGUGUCCGAGAGGCCAUUUGUUGUGAAUCACGCAGAAAAUUGCUCCACUUCUCACACAGACUCCACAAACUUCUCCCACGCGGAAGCCUUCUCCUCCCAUUAUGAAACCUAUACCUCUCAUAAUGAAGUGCACUCCUCCAAUUCUCCUGGAAAUGGAUUUAAAGAGCUGGCAGGACGGGAGGAGGACAAGGAUAACAUUCUUUACUCAUCAGAGGUGGAGGGAAGGCUCUCAGCACUGGAAGCUCAACUUGGGGGUCUUCUGUCUGGGCUAGACAGGCUUAGUAUCCUGGAGAAACGCCUGGAGGAACUGGACAAACCCAGAAACACAGACAAGAAUGAAGGACAAGUCAUCACUAUAUCCAGAGAGAGCUGGGAAAAUCUGAUGAGCAGAGUCCUGUUAUUGGAAACUAAACAAGAUCUGAGCAAUAUACAGUUAAGUGUCCCGCCUCCAUGUCCGUUAUCUGCCUCCUCCUGUUCCUCCAGCUCCAUGUCUGAUGCUUCAAAGGAGGACCUCAAGGACAGGCUAGAGAGGAUCAACAGCAUGCUGAAGAGCACCUCCAGUCUGCUGAAGAACACUGAAUCCUCCACAGCACACUGCAAAUAAGUAAUGUUAAAUUACAGUAUGUACUAUUACACCACAAUUUUGGUGCACUUUUCUAUCUUGGCAUUGUUAAUGUACCUUUUUAAACCCAGUCUUGCAUUGCCAGACCUAUCUCGUUUGUAUUUCUCUAAACCAAUCACAACCCUCCUGGGCGGCGCUAAGCUCCGGAUGCAGCAGAUAGCAGAGAUAGCGGCGGGGGAUGGACAUCCGUCAUGUCAGGCUUUAUCCCAGCACUGUACAUCAGUUGAGCCAGAUAAAAUUAUCGCCAUUAUGUACUUAAUCACAAGCUACUUUAGAUGAGAAACUGCUGUAUGUGCUUUUAACUUUUAAAAAAUACAGUCACAAUGAAAACUAAUGUCCACUUUAAAGGCCUCAGCUGAUGAGAGUUGAGUAGAUGAUUUCCACGGUGUUAGCUCCUUACAAAUAAAUGCUCUAUUCGUAAA